AUGGUCCACUUGGAGGAGGAGCGCCCGGAGUCUGGCCGCCGAAAUGAGCUGCUGAAAGCCACGGAGUGCACUGAUGUGAUUGUUCAUGAGAAGCUCUACUGCGAGCCUUACGGUGUGCCUCACAAGCGCGUCGGAGAUGUGAUCCUCCCUGCGUUUCUCCAGACCCAGCACUUGGGGUCUCUGUCCGACAAGUGGCAGGUCUCUGAGAACGACGUGCUCCUUGCCCUGUCUCCAGGCCUCUUCCCCAACAUCCAAGUCCUGGAGCCGCUCUUCGCAUUGGCGGGAGAUGCGCUUCCGGCGGAUGCAACACCAGGUUUGCCAGUUGGCGGGGCCUGUGCCUUCCGCCAGCGGAUGUUGGAGCUUGAGAACAGUGAGGAAAUGACUCGAGAGGGCAGUCGUUGCCUUUUCACGCUCCUGCCGCCCUGGCUGCUGCCCAUCAACGGCACGCGACGCUUCGGCAAGACGGCGGUAUUCCUUGCAGACCCGCGCUACCUCAUCAUGAGGCAGCACAAGCUCUGGGAGAUCUUCAAGACCUGCAUGAACAGCAAGGGUAAAGGAUGCGGCAACAACCAGCUUGAUGAGUCCGACUUCCUAAGGGCUUACCUGGAGCAGGACUGCAGUCUCUCCGGUGAGGAAAUGCAGCGCUUGGCCCGUUGGGCGGUGGAGGAGUACAGGCAGCCGGAUAAAGUCAAGAUCUUUUUCGUGGAGGACUUCGUGGCGGAGCCCGAUGACGUAUGGAGUGGCAUGUUGCCCACAGACCGCCCACCCACUUGA